CGGCCCCGCUCUCCGGCCUCGAGAAGGAGGACCGACCUCUCCUCGGCCCGGGCCCAAGCCCCGGACAAGGGGCUCUGGGCCGCUGGCCGCUUGCCCCGCCGCGGACGGCGCCCGUCAGUGCCCUCCCGAGAGCCGGGCAGCCUGCGUCGGCCCCGGGGGCCGGCCUCGCCCGGCAGCCCGCCCCGGACCGCUCCUUGCGCGUGCCCAGGCCCCGCGUGCCCCGCCGCUCAGGUCGCGGUCCCCAGAGCGCGGCCCAGCCCGUGCCCCGUUGUGGUCUGCAAGCCGCGGAUGCAGCCCCUUGCUGCGGAGCAGGAGGGUGAUGGUCGUGACCUUGGACGCUUCUGUGUAACCGCCCCCUGGGCAGGAAGAACCCAGAGCGCAGACAGGGUCAUGGGGCUGCGGGGAGGCCAGGAAAGCGAGCCGGGUCGAGUGGAGCGGAAGGCGGCCGGCGGCAGUUCUUACCGAGGCUUCCUCGGGCGGAGAAGCCAGUGUGAGCUGGAGGGUGACCUUGGGAACACCCUCGGGACGGUCUUGGCAGCUCCGCUGUUAGGAAAAAAUUCAAAAAUGUUUCAAAUUCCUGUGGAAAAUCUUGACAACAUCAGGAAGGUACGAAAAAAGGUGAAAGGCAUUCUUGUGGAUAUUGGGCUUGACAGCUGCAAGGAGUUGCUGAAGGACCUUAAAGGCUUUGAUCCAGGAGAGAAGUACUUUUUUAACACAUCAUGGGGAGAUAUUUCUCUUUGGGAACCUUCUGGAAAGAAAGUGAGAUACCGCACGAAGCCGUACUGCUGCAGCCUCUGUAAAUACUCCACGAAAGUGCUCGCCUCGUUCAAGACCCACUUACAUCGGUGCCACGAGGAUGACAUCGACCAGGAGCUGGUGAUCCCCUGCCCGAACUGCGUAUUCUCUUCUCAACCCAAAACCGUGGGACGGCACUUCAGAAUGUUCCAUGCACCUGUUCGGAAAGUCCAGAACUACACAGUGAAUAUUUUAGGGGAAACGAAAUCUUCGAGGAGUGAUGUGAUAAGUUUUACAUGUUUAAAAUGUAACUUUUCGAACACCUUGUACUACAGCAUGAAGAAGCACGUGCUGGUGGCUCACUUCCACUACUUAAUUAGCUCCUACUUUGGCCUGCGGACUGAGGAAACGGGCGAGCAGCCGAAAGCUGAGGACAGCCUUGCUGCCGAGAAGGUGCCCCCGUCCGACAAGUAUUAUUGUAAAAAGUGCUGCGCCAAGGCCAGUAGCCAGGACGCUUUGAUGUAUCAUAUCUUGACAGCGGACACACACAGGGAUUUGGAGAAUAAGCUUAGAUCUGUGAUUUCCGAGCAUAUUAAGAAGCCUGGACUCCUGAAGCAAAUGCACAUCGCUCCCAAACCAGCGGCCCCUUUGGCUGUGCCGCCAAACGGCAGCGCUCCGGGCCUCGCGGCCGCAUCCCCUUGUUUCCGCCUCUCUGUGCCUCGGAGCAGCCAGGGCCAGCCCGUGGUCCAGCCUGUGCCGGGCCCGGUCCCGCCAGGGACGGUGGCCGUGGGCACUUCGGCGAGCCUCACCCAUUCUCCGCCUGCCGCGGCUCAGUCCCACGUGACUCUGGUCUCCAGUCCCCUGCCUCCCGCCGCCCCGCAGCCCGUCUUUCUUUCUCGUGGAGUCCCGCUUACUCAGUCAGCAAACCCUCCUGUGCUGCCCUUGAGUCCGCCAGUGGGGCCUGUCAGUAAGCGUGUUGGAGCUGGCGUCCUCCCCGUAAGCCAGACCAUCCGCCCCGGGGCUUUACCCCUGAGCCAGCCUGUUGGGCCUGGAGUUCUUUCCGUCAGCAGGCCUGCCGGGCCCGGCGUCCUUCCUGUCAAUCCGUCUGUCACCCCCGGCGUUCUUCAGGCAGUGUCACCAGGAGUGAUUUCCGUGAGCCGGACGGUCCCAUCGGGGGUCCUUCCUGCAGGCCAGAUGACCCCUGCUGGAGUGAUCCCUUCGGGACAGACGGCCACUUCUGGGGUUCUUCCUGCUGGCCAGGUGGUCCAGUCAGGGGUUCUUCCCAUUGGCCAGACGGCCCCCUCAGGGGUUCUCCCCACUGGGCUGACGGUCCCGUCACGGGUUCUCCCUCCCGGCCAGACCGUCCCGCUGAGGGUGCUGCCUGCAGGCCAGGUGGUCCCUCCUGGGCUCCUUUCUCCCAACCAGACAGUCUCGUCAGGUGUUUUGCCUGUGAGCCCGGGUGUCAAUUCUGGGGUUCUUCAGCUUAGUCAGCCGGUCGUGUCGGGUGUGCUCCCUGUGGCCCAGCCAGUGAGACCUGGGGUCCUCCAGCUUAACCAGUCUGUGAGCACCAGCAUUCUGCCUACAAACCAGCCGGUGAGACCGGGCGCUUCUCAGAACACCACGUUCCUCACGUCGGGCUCUAUCCUCAGACAGCUCAUUCCUACAGGGAAACAGGUGAAUGGGAUUCCCACGUACACGCUUGCCCCCGUGUCUGUCACUUUGCCUGUGCCUCCGGGAGGCGCUGCCACUGUCCCCCCGCCCCAGGUGCCCCUCCAGCUCCUGCAGUCGGGCACGGCUGCCCAGAUGGCUGGCUCCAUGGCCAGCAUGCCGUCGCCUCCGGUGGUGGUCAGCGCCACCCAGAGUAUGUUUGUUCAGGCCUCUCCGUCGGCGGCAGAAGCGAGCCAGGCGCUCAAACAGGCGAAGCAGUGGAAAACCUGUCCGGUUUGCAACGAGCUCUUCCCCUCCAACGUCUACCAGGUUCACAUGGAGGUGGCCCACAAGCACAGCGAGUCCAAGGCUGUGGAGAAACUGGAGCCUGAAAAGCUGGCCGCGUGUGCCCCGUUUUUAAAGUGGAUGAGAGAGAAGGCGGUCCGGUGUCUCUCUUGUAAGUGCUUGGUGUCCGAGGAAGAGCUCAUCCAUCACUUGCUAAUGCAUGGCCUGGGCUGCUUGUUCUGUCCCUGCACUUUCCAUGACAUCAAAGGCCUUUCUGAGCACAGUCGGACUGUGCACCGAGGGAAGAAGAAGCUACCUGUGGAUUACAGCAACCGAGGUUUCCAGUUGGAUCUCGACGCUAACGGCAACCUGAUGUUCCCCCAUCUUGAUUUCAUUACCAUAUUGCCGAAGGAAGAGCUUGGGGAGCGGGAAGUCUACUUGGCCGUGCUGGCGGGGAUACACUCCAAGUCCCUUGUGCCCGUGUAUAUAAAAGUGAGGCCCCAGACGGAGGCCGCCGCCGGGAGCCCCGGCAAACAAGCGCUGACUUGUCCCUUUUGCUUUGGCACCUUGGUGACGACCGAGGCGUAUGAAUUGCACUUGAAGGAGAGGCACCACAUCACACCAACGGUCCACACCAUCCUGAAGUCUCCGGCGUUCAAGUGCAUCCACUGCUGUGGGGUCUACACUGGCAACAUGACCCUGGCCGCCAUCGCCAUCCACCUGCUGCGCUGCCGGAGUGCCCCGAAGGACAGCAGCUCGGACCUGCAGGUCCAGCCCGGCUUCAUCGAGAACGGCCAGGUGCUCUUAGUCAACGGCGAGGUGGUCCACGACUCCAGUUUCUCCGUGAAGAGAAAGCUGCCCGACGGCCACUCUGGGGCGGAAGAGCAGAGGGGGGCGGAGGAGCGACCUCCCGCCGUCAGCAGCGACGCGGCCCCGGCCCCCGAGAAGGUGGCGAGUGCGGUGCCUUUGAAAAGACAAAGGAGUGAGGUGAGGACAGAGGGGCCGCUCGUUAGCGAAGACGCGCUCCAGAUUUUAGCUUUAAACCCCAAGAAAUACGAAGACCGUUCCUAUGAAGAAAAAAAGCAGUUUCUUAGAGACUAUUUCCACAAGAGACCAUAUCCUAGUAAAAAGGAAAUCGAACUUCUUUCUUCACUCUUGUGGGUGUGGAAAAUCGACGUGGCUUCGUUUUUUGGAAAAAGAAGAUACAUUUGCAUGAAAGCAAUAAAAAAUCACAAGCCUUCUGUACUUUUAGGCUUUGAUAUGUCUGAACUUAAAAAUGUUAAACACAGGUUGAACUUUGAGUAUGAGCCACAAAACCUGUAAAAAAACAAAUUAGGCAAUCUAAAGUGCUAGAUAAUUAGUGGUUUUUCUCAAUCGAGAUUUAAAAUGUUAUUUUCUUCACUGUAUGUCAAAUUAAUCAACUUCAGUGGUCUUUAUGCUGCUCUGUAGAUUUAUUUCAGGUGCUCGGAAAGACUUCUGCGUAAGAGAAGCCAAUAGUUCUUUCAGAUUUGUUGUUUCCUGCAGUUUGAUUUUGUAACAAGUAUUUUUAGUUCUUCCCCGUCAUGUAAAUUAAAUCCUUGGAUCUUUCAUGCACGUCUUGUUUCCCAGUAGUGUCAGUAUGGUAGGAUGAGAGCGGAAAUCUGUCUGUGUCUCCGUUGAAGGGACUUGAGGAACCGCCUGGAGCUGCCUCCGUGAGCUUCACGCGCGGCGGCCAGUGGCGAGCGUCCGUGCUGAGAAGCGAGUUCACACCCGCUGAUGCUGAGACGCAGUAACUGACGCUGGUUGCUUCUUCGCGAGGUACUGGCUAGCUCCUAGGUGGUGAUGUUGAUUUACACUUCUUCAGGGUUGUCCUAGCAGCUGUCGUUUUGUUAUAAAUCCUAGAAAACCAAAUGUUUCCUUUGUUAAGAUUGUGCCGAAUCUGAAGCCCGCUAUUUAGCCCCUAAGAGUAAUUUUACAAAUAAAGCAAUUCGGUGGGUGCAGAAAUGCUUUUUGGUGUAGACUUCUCCCCCUUUUUAUAUGGUGAUGAGUCAUUUUUCCAUUCAAAAGUAAGACAAUAAAUUUAGUGCCUUUAGCAUAAAUGCUGAACACACGUUCCUCCUGACCGGGACGUGGACAGAACCAGUGGAGGGAAGGACCACGUUACUCAGGAAUCCAGUUUUACCCCUGAGUGCGCUACUAACUGAAAUGCAGACAUAGGUUUUCGCGGGACAAAGUGAAAUGAGUAGAGGGAGGGCUGUGUCCGUGUUGGUGUAUUACAUCUUAGGACCGUUUCCUAGAGGUGAACACAUUUGUACUGGAGAAAUGGGCUUUCCUGUAGCCCAGGGGUCUGGCCCGACGGGAUGCGGCGUCGUUCCGGAUCUCCGCGGUGCUGCUGUCCUAUGCGCGGUCAAGCUGCCCGGGUUUUUCCCUCCCCACGCAGAAGAACUGAAAGGCCCAGAACCAGCAGUCGAGACCAGCCAGCGUAGAUUAAGUCCUAUUCCUGGUCACACCCGGCAGAGGCACCUGUCCAGCAUACUCAGAGGAUGUGACAGUCUCUGGGAAAUAAGAUGAUGUCACCAUAUGGAUUUUAAAACAUAGAAUACUUGCAUGUAAUUGCUAUAAUGUGCAUUUUUGAGGCAGUUGUGAAACUGGUCUGUGAUUGGUGUGCUCUGUUGUAAAUCCAAAAAGAGCUUGUCGAAGUUUAUUUUUUUUUUAACCUAUUGUUUCAGAGUGUCUAUUUUGAAUUAAAAUUUGUUAUAUCACUGCAAACAGAA